AUCAAACUAUGAAUUUACAAUGCAAACCAGUGUACGAGUCGUUAAGAGUCUUAAUAUUUAAUGGAUUAUCCCCAACUAGCAAGUUAAUUAUAGCUAAGAUUAUGUCAGGUAUAGUCUUUGGGAAGGCACAGAUGGUUGACCUUCAUAUUAUUGUUUACUCGAAUGAAAUCAAUAUAGCUGAAGGAUUGAAGAAUGAGGUUAUAGCAUGUGCAUUUCCCUGUAUAAAUUCAAUCAAAGUUUCUUCAGAUUUACCCAGCGUUGCAGACGGUGACGUGUUUUGUUUCAUAACAAACUUCCCGAAUCCAAAUUCGUUUGAUUUUAAUAAAGAGCCAUCAGAGGAAGUGUUCGACACAUUGUAUCUUAUAACAAAAUUAGCUAAUAAUUUUGUAUGGCCAGAAGACACGGAAGAUAUAAGAAACGAAGGAUAUAAUAACAAAGAAAUUCAAAAUAAAACUAAAAGGAAACCAAUUUUUGUUACUGAUGGUCUUAUUGCUGUUGACAUUUUAAAUUCGUUGUCAAAGAAUAUGCCGCCAGAUGUGUUUUAUUGCUCAACUCCAAUAACCGCAAUCGGAAAGUCGAUUCUCGCUGAGUAUUUAAAUGUCCACGGCAACGUUAUAAACAAAGUCUUAGUAUGGGCCGCCAACGACGAAACAUUUCACAUCGAGGUUAAAAAACCUUUCGUUAUUCACGAAGAAAGUGACUCGCAAUGUGACUCUGGAUUACUCGCUAAAGACUUCUUGGAAUCACUGAAUCUUGAUCCUACUCAAUUCAACGCUACUUGGAUGAAAAAGGAUUUUAUUGAGAAGAUAGCAAUGUCUGCUUCUAAGAACCCAUACGGUUGUAUCUAUAAAGCGGCGGAGUUUGCGCGAACUUUGAGGAACAUUUGGAAAGCCCGAGACAGUUCUGAAAUACACUCUAAUAUGGGUGUCAUAAGUGAUGGAUCUUUAGGCACCGCCAAAGGUCUUCCUUAUGUUCUGCCUAUUAUAAUGAAAGGUGAAACGUGGAAUGUGAACACCAGUUUCUACGAAGAGAGCGCGCACUUAAAGCAAGAGCUGAAACGGAUAAACGUCGCUGUGAAAAAUCACCAUAAGAGAUUGAUAAUUCAUUGCAAACGGUUUCUAGAGGAAAAUGUCAUUAAUCAAGCUUUUAUACCGUCGGACGUUGAUAGUGGAUCAGUAUAUUGA